CACGGUGAAGGUGAGGCGAACAACAUCCACAACCAAAUACUCCGGCGUUUCUUUUCCAUAAUGCUGACACUGAACGCGCGCUUCUGGGGUUGUUUUGAUGCCCGGUAAUAUUUGGUGACCUGCAAACCCUCCGUUCUCCCGCUCAUCACUGAACAAAUGUGCAUUUUUGCACGUGUUACAUUCAGAUUGUUUGGAUCAGUGAGUAAAGUUAAGAAGCGGCGGUGCUUUUUAACUUGUUGCGCGGUGAUGCAAGUGUCCUCUUGCGCAAGAGAAUGAUUUAUGAGCCAGUUAUUAUACGUACGAUUUCUUCUUCGAGCUGUUUGACUGGCAAAAGUUGCUUUAGGAUGGGCUCAAGGAACGAGGUCCAUUCUCAACCUGCCGUACAGUCUGAGCAAUUAAGUUAGAAUUUGGACUACCGGAGCUACCCAAAGAAGCAAGAGUUGGAUGUGGAUGUGGAUGUGGAUGUUCUUGGGUUGAAAUACGUCUUUAUAAGUGUAAAUUAUAUUGAUUUCCUAACAACUGAUCCUGAAGAUGUCGGAGUCUUACGAGGACGGGGUGUGCGGAGAUGGAGCUCCGGACUUUAUCCCACCGAGAGCGCUUCGAUCAGGCCGCCGGAGUGGAGUCGCCGUGCCGCUGGUGGAGCGCGACGACGCGGCGCUCCUGGAGUCAGUGAAAGCGGCACCGAGGAGGAGCAGCAUCAUUAAGGACCCGUCAGUGGCCAAGGUCAGUGGAGGGAGGAAGAAAACGGUCUCUUUCAGCAGUAUGCCAUCAGAAAAGAAGGUUAGCAGUGCUGCAGAUUGCCUGGCCUUCAUGCAAGGUGGCUGCGAGCUAAAGAAGGUGCGACCCAACUCGCGCAUCUACUCGCGAUUCUACACUCUGGACACAGAACUGGCCUGCCUACGUUGGGAACCCUCCAAGAAAGAUGGAGACAGAGCACGACUUGAUAUAUCCGCCAUUCGUGAGGUCCGCACUGGGAAAAGCACAGAGACCUUCAUCCAUAAUGGCCCAUUAGAUCACCUGGCUGAAGAAGCAGCCUUCUCUAUCAUUCAUGGUGAUGAGUAUCAGUCCCUGGACCUUGUUGCUCUUUCUGCCGAUGUGGCCAACAUCUGGGUGACAGGAAUGCGGUACCUGUUGUCUCACCCUGGUGCCAUCGGUGCAGGUAGUGGAGGGGAUGGUGGGGUAGGUGACGGCAGCAUUGGGAGCAAGAUGAGGAGGAACUGGUUGGCAGCUGAGUUUGCUCUGGUUGAUGAGGAUGGACACGGAAUUGUGUCUGAAGAUACAGCAGUGGCCACAAUCUGUAAACUCUGCCCUGGCAUUAAAGAAGCAAAGGUGCGUUUGCGCUUCAAGGAAAUUCAGAGGAGCAAAGAGAAGCUAACUUCCCACGUUACGCUGGAAGAGUUCCAGGAGGCCUACUGUGAGUUGUGUACACGACCUGAUGUCUAUUUUUUGCUAGUGCAACUCUCUAAAGACCGAGAGUGCCUUGACGCCCAGGACCUGCGUCUUUUCCUGGAGUCAGAACAAGGUCUGUCAUUGGCCACCACUGAAGGCUGCUUGGAGCUUCUUCGCCUAUUUGAGCCAUCUGCAGCAGGACGUGAGCGAGGUCUUCUGGGCUUGGAUGGCUUUGCUCGCUACCUACAGUCAGCUGAGUGCCAGUUAUUAGACCCGGAGCACCAGAAUGUGUGCCAGGACAUGAAGAUGCCCCUGUCUCAUUAUUUCAUCAGUGCCUCCUACCGCUCCUACCUGCUGGAUGACCAAGUGCAUGGCCGGGCUGAUCUUGGUGGUCUCACUCGAGCCUUGCAGGCUGGCUGUCGUUGUCUAGAAUUGGGUGUCACUGAUGGGCCAGAAGGAGAGCCACUGUUGGGUGUAGACCAUGGUGCUGAAGUAAAGCAUCAUCACCACCACCAUCACCACCACCACCACCAUCAUGGUUCUGUUACUCUGCGCAGUGCCCUGGAAGUAGUCAAUAAGUAUGCUUUUCUCACCUCUCAGUAUCCUUUGUUGCUGUAUCUGUGUCAGCGUUGUUCACCUUCCCAGCAACGUACUCUUGCGCAACACCUAAAAAAAGUUUUUGGAUCCAAGCUCUAUACCCCUGAAUCUCUGCCUGUUAGUUUGGGAGGUCGUGCGACUACUUUGCCAUCUCCAGAACAACUGAAGGGCAAGGUGCUUCUUGUUGGAAAGAAGCUUCCCCCAGAAGAGGAAGGUUCGGAAGGAGAGGUUUCUGAGGAGGAUGAGGAGAUUGGCGGUGGUGGUCCUCUGGCUGGCCGAAGGAUGACUAUUCCUGGGGAAGAGGAAUUGGGGGUAGUCCUUGUUGUCCCACCGCCCCCACAGCCAAGGCGCCUCCGAUUGCGUCAUGAAUUGUCUGAUCUUGUUGCAGUUGCUCGUACUGGAAGUCGCAACUUUUAUGCUCAUCGGGCGAGUAUUCUGCCAUCCCAACAACAUUCACCCCCAUCAACUCCUUCUACACCAGGUACACCUUUGAACAUUGAUCUCUCCUACUGGACCCUAUGCUCUCUCGGGGAAGGGGAGGCAGGAAGGCUGGCUAGUGAGAGUCCAGAGGAGCUGGUGAGCUUUACCAAGCGCAAUCUAACCCGUGUGAGGCCCAGCUCAGUAAGACUAGACUCUAGCAACCCAAACCCUCAAGGCUACUGGAAGGGGGGCGUGCAACUGGUGGCACUCAACCAGCAGACGCCAGGUGCCAUGCUAGACCUGAACCGUGGCCGUUUUAUGCAGAAUGGUGGGUGUGGGUAUGUGCUUCGUCCAGCAGUCAUGCGAGAGGAGGUUUCUUACUUCAGUGCUCAGUCGCAGGGCUGCGUGCCUGGAGUACCACCACAAACACUCAGGGUGAAGGUCAUUAGUGCCCAUAGUCUACCCAAGCCACAAGGCUCUGGUGCCAAAGGCGAGGUCAUUGACCCAUAUGUGGUGCUGGAACUGCAUGGUGUGCCUGCAGACUGCACAGAGCAGAGAACUCGCACUGCUGCCCAAAACCAGGAUGAUCCACUGUUUGACGAGACCUUUGAGUUCCAGGUGAACAUGCCUGAACUAGCCCUGCUGCGUUUCGUUGUUCUGGAUGAUGAUUAUAUAGGCGACGACUUCAUUGGCCAGUACACCAUCGCGUUUGAGUGUCUACAGCCCGGUUACAGAAAUGUGCCCUUGCUGGGCCUCGCUGGAGACCCUUUGCCCCAUGCCAGCCUGUUCAUACACAUCGCCAUCACCAACCGCAGAGGUGGAGGAAAGGCUCAGAGACGGGGUCUGUCCGUUCGAAGAGGUGUGCGGCGGGGACGAGAGUAUGUCACCCUGCGUAACACGGGCAUCAAGGUGCUAGAUGACACUUUCCGGCCUGCCAGCGGGCCUCUGCGAGAGGCUACAGACCUGAGGGAGGAUGCAUUGAGCGCUACAGCGGCUUUUAAAGAGCAGUGUGGGCUCCCCCCAAUGGCCACACUCAAGCAGUGCAUCCAGAGCUUGGCCACAAGAUUGCAGAGUCCAGACGGGCCCCCAGGGGCCACACUCACUCUGAAGGAUGGCUACCCGUUCCUGGAACCUGCGGGCAACUUGACUGACGCCACUCGUAAGCUGCUAAAUGGUUAUGACACGAUGAUCUCCGCCAACAAACAGCUGAUUGAGAAUGCAGAUGGAGUGCAGGAGAAAAUCGCACAAGUGCAAAAGGAAGGAAUGGUGUUUCAUGAAGAUCUGCCCAGGUUAGGAGAAAAGGAGAAUCUGAAGGGUCGCAAACAGAGUAAAGCUGUGGAAAGUUUCGCCUGGAACAUCACGGUGCUGAAGGGUCAGUGUGAUCUCCUGCGUAGUGCUAAAAUAGAUGCUUUGGAUACGUUAAGGCAGCUGGCAUUGGCCUGUGAAGCAUCCGGCCUGAUUGUGACCUCUGACGGUCAGUACACUUCUCAUGGCCUGUCCUCCAGACGCGGCAGCAGCCACGGAAACGGACGCAUCUGAGCCGAAGAGACAUGCAGAGAGAUGGAGAGAGCAUUUAUUCAUAGGUGAAUGAAUGGUUGAAUGAUGAACGGAGAGAUGUACAGGUGUCUCAGCAGGAGAGAUGCUAACAUGGACAGUAGUCCUUUUAUUGAAGCGGGUGCUUGAGGUUAUUUGAGGACAAAAUAAGGAAUGUUCUUAUCAAGACAUGCUGAAUGAAGGACGUAAGAGGAAUUAAAGCAAAUUCCUUUGUGAUAUAAGAUGACUGAUGUAAACAAGAUUUUGCUGGAAUGAAUAACAUUCCUGCGAUUGUUUAAUGUCGAACUCCUCACAAGCUAAAAAGGGAGAAACAUCAAGAGAAGAUGGAGCAUUUCAGAGAACAAACUACUCUUUUGAAUACAGAAGACCCAUCAGUCUUUUCCCUAGUUCACGUCUAAGCCACCAAAGCGUGAGGUUUGUUUACUCAGGUUAGCACAAACACAUUUCAGAAACAUAUUCUGAGGGUCUACCAUUGGUCUGCAUCACCUCCAGGGCUCGCUCACCCUCUGUUCUGUCACUCAAGUUGAUUGACAGGUGGCGUCCACCAGCAGGACAGCAUCGUUUCUGCCUUGAGACCUCUCCAGCUCAGCAUGGAUGGGAUAUUUCUGGAGCCUCCCUGUCGGAGGGAACUUUAUCCUCAUCCUCCAUCUUCACCAGUACCACAGAUUAUUUUCAGCUCAUUAACAAUGCAGAAUGAACUCAAGAAGUCGUUGUUAAAAUACAGAUCAGUGCUCCCUAACAGUGUUAACCGAGCCUGUUGCUCAAUGGGAUGUGGAGUACCGAUUACACCACAUAUGCUUGUUAUACGUGCAGAGUUCAGCACCUGGAACAAGAACAAUGUUAAAAAAUCAGUGGGUCAAGUGUGAGAUCAGUUCCAACAUACUUUCCUUGGCUUGGUUGGAUGGUAGCUUCUGAAUGGUAGCUAUAUCCAUUGGUGUGGUUGUUAUCACGUCAUAACGAAGAGAAAAUAAUACUAAAUUAUUGCUGGAUGUCUGAAAAAAAAAACCUAACUCUUAACAGCUUUAAGCACUAAGAGGACUAAAGUAGAUCUAAAGUGUAAACUGUUUUACAACUUUCAUUGUGUAACACUUGUCAGUGUUGUGAUAGGCAAGGAAAACAUUGGCAGCAUUUGUCUACUGCCAUCAGAUACACUUACAAUAGUCUAGUUUUGAGGUUUGCACCUUUUCACGUUAACAAGAGUAACAGAAAUUAGAUAUGUGAGAUUGGAAAAAGUAUAUAUA